AUGCUGACCCAACUCUCUGGCAACACUCAGAGGCUAAAAGAAAUUCUUGGCCACAAGCCUGCUCCGCGUGCCCUGGAGACGGAGAAGUCGGCAAUCCUCGACGCACACCUGCAGGUUCGUACUCUGAUGAUCGUGGGAAAUGUUGCUUGGACGCAGGCGAUGGACAUGUUCAUCGAGUAUCUUGGAACCCAGCAGGCUCGUGAGAUCAGUCGCAGCGGCUGUCGUUCGAACGGUGCUCGUCGUCUGGCUUUCCACUCCUGGGCUGGCAUCCUCGAAUCCGUGGGAGGUGAGUUCUGGUGGAGAGGCCAUCUUCAGUGGUCGGAGAGAGGAUGGACCGAAUUCUGCCGUCAGGCGCUCCGAGAGCUUGACAAUUACGAGCACAUGUUACCGUGUUUCGUGCUUAGAAACAACAACAUACAUGUGAGGAAGGAGGAGGACGAGGAGAUGUCCACGGACCCCUUCCACCCCAAGAACAUUGAGACCUCCAGGAGAUUGGCAUACAUAUGCGAAGGGCAGUCCACUUGGGAAUUUUAUCCAGGUUAUGUUUCUAUGGAGUUAAGUGGGGGCUCUCAGGUGGUUGUGAAUUGGCUGACAGGCUUAUAUGAUACUAGCAAUCUCACUUAUAUGAAUUAA